AUGAAAACUUAUAAGCCAGAAGAAAUCAAAGUAUCAGUAAAGAAUAAUGAAUCAAUUGUCAAAGGUGAACGUCGACAUAAAGAUGACAAUAAUUUUGAACGAUCAUUCUUAUUCAAAUCAACAACAUUACCACGAGGUACACAAAUUAAACAACUUCAAUCACAUUUAACUGAUGAUGAUCAAUUGAAAAUAGAAGCACCAUAUGUUGAACAAAAAGAAGCUGCAAAAUCGGUUGAAGAACAGAAAAAAUAA